GGCAAGCUGCGGGCCUUCCUCCUGCCGGGACCGCACGCUGCAGGAAAUUCCAGUGAUUCAGAAGAAGACGACCAGAGUACCAGCAGCAUAGAAAAUCAGGCCAUCCCAAACUCUCACAGGGUGCCAGAUUCCAAGUCGCAUCCACCACACAUCAAAAUAGAUAUCAUCAGGAAAGUGCAAGCCAAAAAUACGCAGCGCUAUAAAGUGGAAUAUGAUUCGCAGAGUACGGAUACACUGAACUUCUCUUCUGAAUCCAAACAAGAGACUGAAUACGGUCCCUGUCGUAGAGAAAUGGAAGACACUUUAAACCACCUAAAGAUCCUGAAUGUCUUGAGUCCCAGGGGUUUUCAUAUUCCAAAUUGUGACAAGAAGGGGUUCUACAAGAAAAAGCAAUGUCGCCCAUCCAAAGGCCGAAAGAGAGGUUACUGCUGGUGCGUGGAUAAAUACGGACAGCCACUUCCUGGGUAUGAUGGGAAGGGAAAAGAUGUCCACUGCUAUAACUUGGAAAGCAAAUGAGGGCUGGGUGCCAGCUCUUCUGGCAUCUGUGCGUGGCCUCUGGACCUCGCAGAGACCUUGGAGGGGCUGGGCAAACACUGUGGACUGUGUUGCGCAUGGAGUAACCAAGCGCUGCCUCCUGCGGCGGAUGGAGAGUCGCAGCCUCUGCGGACACUGCUGCAGCUGCACCCCGCCACCGACAUGCGUUGGGCUUCCUAUAGGACGUGUAGGGAGCUCUGAAUUCCCACGUAAACCUGCACUAUUGAUACCCAGAGAGAGAGGCACUUCAGGAUGGAUUCAGGGAGUCUCCACUGACUUUUUAAAGAAUGGCCUGUGACCAAUUUGAUCCCGAAAGAUACUGGUUUUUUAUUUUAAAGAAUUUAUAGAUUGUAAGCUUGUAAAAGUAUUAAAGAAAAAAAACAAAACAAAAUCAAAAAAAACCCACAAGGAUUUAAAAGUUAAGCUUUUUUUACAGGUCUGACGGGAAA